AUGACCGAGGAUUUGGUGGAGCCGACGCCUCCGCCGCGGAGCAAAAGCGAAAAAAGAAAGAAAGGAUCCAAGGAGAUUUUAACGAGCCCAACCGAUGCACAGCAAUUUAUCGAAAACCUCGUCAACCAGUCAUUCCCCUCUGUUCUUCUCGACGAUGUAGAAACCGAUGACGACGACGAUUGCUGCUCUUCAAAUACUUCUUCGACGAAGAAAGCUCCUUCUAGCAUUGAUCGAUCUUCAAAGCCAGAUCUCGUCCCUGAAAAUGAAACGAUGCCUAAUCUUGCUCCCAGUCCACUUAGAAAUUCGCCUGCGCCAAUGUCAGUUUCUUCAUCUUCAGUUUCGCCGCAAAAGGCCGUAAAGCCCAAGAUCAAAUCGUUGCUAGAAGCGAUUCGAAAGCCCAAAGAAUUACAAUUAUCGGAUCACUACCGCGACACGAUAUGCAUCCGCUCACCCCGCCGCGCUCCCAAUCUCUCCGCUACCGCCCCAAAGGUCAACAACGUUCUCUCCGGCGAGGCGCUAUCUUCGCAAGCGAGCAGCCAACUGAUAGAGUCUAUCCUUAUCGGUGGCGGGAAGAUCACCACUUGGCGCGCCGGUGGGAAAAUUCGAUGCUGGUCUAGAAUGAAAUUCUUCAAUCGCAUCAAGGCGGUGGCGAGACAGAUCCAAGAAUCGCUCCAGAUUGCUGCGGGAAAAACUGUGGCACUCUCCUUUCCUCACGUCGAUCUCGACUUUGUCACGGCUUUCUUUGGUUGCCUGAUGGCUGGUGUGAACGUAAUCAGUGUCGCCCAGCCCGAUCACUGUACAAAAGGCGAGAUGCUUCAAUUUAAAAGUCUCGAUGUUCAAUGUGUCUUUACCACGCCCCUUCUUGCCAAGAAUUCCGGGAAGAAAGACGAAGGGAAACGCUUCAGUCUUUGGAAUUCGAUCAAAGUAACGGUUCCUUCCAAAACGCUACCUCCAGCAAAAUGGCGGGUCGAGCCCUCCCGCGUUUCCAGCGGCAAAUUAUUGAUGUUCCGGAGUUCUGGUGGUCAAAUAACAACAAUUACAACCACUCAAGAGUCCUUAUCGAUUCAACUUGGCCUUAUGGCUCAAGCAACUGGAUUGAGUUCUAGCUCGCGUAUCUUGUCGCUAGAAUCGCACUCGAAUCAAUUCCUCAUCUCCGGUGUUUUACUACCUCUGUUCGUUGGAAGUGAACUGUUCAUACUUCCACCCGAGCUGGCCAAGCAAAGUCCAGAAGUAUGGUGCCGCAUCGCGGAUCGCCACGGCAUCAGUGACAUUUUCUGCCGCGCGCGUGAGUUCUCCUGGGCGAGUGCAACAGACUUGGCAUUCACAUGCGAUCUGGCGAAUUUGAAGGCUAUCAAUUUGAUCGAUGGCCGCCACCCGACGUGUCUUAAUUACGCCGUCAGCGCGUGUUAUAAAAUCAGACGCAGAAUAGCGAUUGAGCCGGAAGCGCUCUUUGGAAUCGUUUGGUCCGAUACAGCUGGAUUUCUAGGAAGGAUUAAGUCUGCUAAUCCGACCAAUAGCGGCUUUAGUUCAACAGCUUUGUUGGUGGAUCGCCUCAUGCUGCAAUCAGGACUUAUUGAGCUACAUCUUGAACCGAGCCCGAAAUGCAUUCUCUUCCCUGGCUAUUUAGACAUCUCUCCUGAGCUACAACUGAUCUGCGCAAAGAUGGAGAAAAAAGACGACGAAAAGAAAGUCGUCCCUUGCUUCGAUCGAGACACUGGAAAAAUCUGGGUUCGUUCAGAUGCGCUGAAGGAAAAGCAUUUAGCUAACUUGCCAACUUUGUCGGAUAACGUUUUCAAUAUGAGCAUAACUGGUGUGCCAGGAACUUGGGUAGAUACAGGCCUGAUUGGAGCGCAACUUGAUGACAAGGUUUUCAUCAUUUCGAGCGCGGAAGAGCACUUUCCGGUGGCAGCAGCAGAUAUUGAUGCAAACUCAAACAUUUCCAUUUUGCCAAUUCAGUGGGAUCUACUUGCUACAAUCAUCACAGCUGAUAAGAGCGCCAUGAUCUUCCGUCAGCGCUGUCACGUUUACACGGUUAGAAUCGCUAGCUCUUACAAACUUGUUGUUUCCGCCGAGUUGAGUUCUGACUCAUUCAGCGACGAGCAAAUCUCUGGUCUUGUCGAUUCAGUUGUUGAUGGAUUGGUGCAGUUACAUGGUAUCAGUCCUUAUUCCAUUUCUCUUCACGCUCCUUUCUCUCUUCCUCAAAAUCCAGAUGGCACACUUGACUAUUCGUUGAUUGAGUCGAAAUAUUCAUCUGGCGAUUUGGAGAGUAUUUAUUGCCUUUCUUUGCCUUGGCGAACGCUAGAAACAUCUUUACCAAGCUCGAUCGCGCCUGGAUGCGUUGUUGGUGCUGCUGGUAUGGUCUGUGGUGCGGUCAUUUCAGGAACUGAACUCAGCUACGCUUCUGGACGCAUUCUUCAGGAAAAGACUGGCCAGAUGGAGACACUUGCUCAACGAUUGGCGUCCAGAGUGAAGCAGAACUCCGACAUGCCUGACGAACAUCCAUUGAUAGACGUUUUUGGAUCGAAGGAGUUCUCGAAGCCCUUUGAAAAAGGAACACGACCGAAGGGACUGCGAUUGACAGCUCCAGAACUCCACAAGAUGUCAACAAGAAUAUCUAUCAUUUUGGGAAAGCAUGAAGUAGCACAUGGUGACCUGGUUCUUGUCGCUUACAAUUGUCCGAUAAGACUUCUCUGUGCGAUAUACGGCUGUUGGUAUCGUGGAGCUGUACCUGUUCCAGUCCGCGCAGGUUCUGAUCAUUUGGGAACUUUCAAAGUUAUUGCCGAAGAAUCCAAAGCAAGCUUUGCUAUGGUUGCUUCUAAGAAGCUCUACGCACAAGUAACUGAAGCCAUUCCGCAUCUUCAUGUUGUUGAAAUCGAAAAUCCAAGUAAAAUGGACUCCAUGACGAAUACAUCUCUGGCGAGAAUACCGUACUGUCCACCAACACUGGAGCUUCAGUGCUUGCUUGACUUUACAGUGACUCCAGUUGGCUCUCUUGUCGGGCGGCAGUUCACUUGGAAGAAUUUGCUUAGAUUAUCGCAAAGUUUGAAAGAUCAGACAGAAGUGUACCCAGGCCGCGAGUUGGAUUUAGCCGUAGAUCCUAUGCAAGGAUUCGGUUUGUUCACUCUCAUCUCUCUUCCAGUUCAUUCCGGGUGCAGUCUGGUCUGGCACAAGGUUGCGGAAAUAGAGAAGAAUCUCCCCGAAUGGAUCAAAAAUACCAUUCCUCAUGCAAGAGAUGUUUUCAUUGGCGCCGCUUUUGCUAAGAAGAUUCAGUGGGUUCAGCAGAAGAGCAUCGCCACCGCAAAACUGACGAAUGUCAGAAGCUUCAACGUUGUUUUCCAAAAUGUUCGUCCAGACGCCGAUGUUCUCUCGCGCGUUUCCAAGCUCCUCGAGACAGUUGGACUCAGUCCUCGGGCCGUUUCUUGUUCCACUUCUUUAUUACCCUCUCCUCUGAUUUCACUGAGAAGUGGUAUUGCCAGGCCCUUGAGGACUUCCUGCGUCGAUUUGACUGGACUCAAGAAUGGCAGGAUCAAAUCUUCAGCUAGAGGUUCGAAAUACUGCGCAACACUUCAAGAAGCAGGGUGUAUUCUUCCUGGAAUGGAGAUCGUCAUUGCUGAUGUGAUGAACCAGGGACAGUGCGGAGUUGGCAGACUGGGAGAGAUAUGGAUCAGAUCUGACUACAUCUGCAAUACCUUCGUCUCUUCUUUUGGAGGCGAUCCAUACGUUCCUGUUGAGACACUUCAAAGCAUGCUUUGCAAAAAACUUGAAGUGGGGACGGCAAAAGGGACCUGGGCGCGAACAGGAAUGUUGGGAUUCCUCGAGCGCUGUGAAGAUUCAAAAGAGCUGUCGCUUUAUUUUAUUGGCAACAUGAAUGAACACAUUCAGCACAGAGGUUUCCAGUUUCACCCGACUGAUCUCGAAGCCUCCCUGCGUCGUUGUAAUAGUUCAAUAAUUAACUGCUGCGUCUGUCAAGUCGACGGGCAUAUGAUUUGCCUCGUUGAAACGACGAAGGAAGUGCCUCAUUGCCCGAUUCUAGCGUCGAAGAUCACGGCGACGCUCUCCGACGUUCACCACGUGAUUAUUUCUGUCGUUGUCCUGCUCCGUCCAAGUUCAAUUCCUAUGUCAACUCAAGGUACACCUCAGCGUCAGCGUGCCGCCGAAAUGUUGCUUCAAGACAAAUUCAAUCCAAUCCUCAUGUCUUACAAUUGUUAG